CUUGGAGCUGAUUGGACGAGCCGUGGCCGUCCGUCCUCCUGAACGUGGCGGGAGUGAAGUGAGUCUGUGAAGUAAACACGGCUGCUGCUGCUGCUGCUGCUGGGAGAUAAAAGCUGCACAUGAGGAGUUUGUUUGUUUCUCACUGCACAUGAGGAGUUUGUUCAUGAGCAGGUUGCGUUCAACGAUGCACAAAGGCGAGAGAGCCGGACUGGAGGCGGCAGGAGCAGCAAAACCAAAGCGGAAGAGGUCAAAGACAGCUGUGAAAGAAGAGGAAAGCACAGGUCCCUCCUCGCCGUCCACAUAUCACACUUUCCAUGACGCUGCUGAUGUUGUGCUGCUGCGCUCUCAGCUCCUCCGCUGGUACGACGAGGAGAAGAGGGAGCUGCCGUGGAGGACUCUGGCUGAGACAGAGUCAGACCUCAACAUCAGGACAUACGGAGUGUGGGUUUCAGAAAUCAUGCUGCAGCAGACACAAGUCGCCACAGUGAUAGAUUACUACAACAAAUGGAUGAAGCGGUGGCCCACGGUGCGGGAUCUUGCAGCAGCCACUUUAGAGGAAGUGAACCAAAUGUGGGCGGGCCUUGGCUACUAUUCCCGAGGAAAAAGGCUUCACGAGGGAGCUCAGAAGGUGGUGUCAGAGCUUCAGGGACAGAUGCCUCGCACAGUCGACAGCCUGCUGAAGCAGCUUCCUGGAGUGGGACGCUACACUGCUGCAGCUAUAGGCUCCAUCGCUCUGGGCCAGGUGACGGGAGCGGUGGAUGGCAAUCUGAUUCGGGUGCUCUGUCGCCUGAGGGCCAUCGGAGCUGACAGCACGAGUCCUGCAGUGACAGAGGCACUUUGGAGUCUAGCCAACACACUGGUGGACCCUGAGAGACCCGGGGACUUCAACCAGGCAAUGAUGGAGCUGGGAGCACGAGUCUGCACCCCCAAAGGGCCUCUGUGCAGCCAGUGUCCGGUACAGUCACACUGUCGCUCUUAUCGCAAGGUUCAUGUGAAACAAGAGGAAAACUCAAGGAAGCUGCUGGGGAAGCUGGACAGGAAGCCGUUAGUCCUGCCUGAUAUAGAAGACUGUAUGAACAGCGGGACAUGUCCACUGUGUCCCUCCGAGCCCUGGGACGAUGAGCUGGGUGUGCAGAACUUCCCCAGAAAGCCGGCGAAGAAGCCGCCGCGGGUGGAGCGAACUCUGACGUGUGUGGUGAUCCGAGCAGGAGAAGAGGGAGAGGACGAGUACCUGCUCACACAGAGACCAAACAAAGGUCUGCUGGCGGGCAUGUGGGAGUUUCCGAGCCUCCUGCAGGAGGAGAAGAGCUCCGAGAUGAAACAGAAGAAGGCGCUGUGUGCCGAGAUCAGCAAGAAGCUGGGAACCCGCCUGACCGACAGCCUCCUCCAGUAUGUAGGAGAGGUGGUUCACAUCUUCUCCCACAUCCACCAGACCUACGUGGUUCACAGCGUGCGUCUGAAGGACGGUGACUCACAGGCGCAGACUGAAAACGCGCAGUGGCUCAGCAAGUCGGCUCUGCAGGGAGCUGCCGUGUCCACAGGAGUGAAAAAGAUUGUGAAGCUAUGUGACUCUGUGCACGGUCAAAAAGAUAAAACACCUAAGGAUGGAAAAAGACAAAAGACCGUCGGCGUCAAGAAAGCAGCGACCUCUAAAAAGCCCAGACUGAGUGCAGAUCACAGCGGCAGCAGACAGCUCUCCCUCAGCUCCUUCUUCAGCACUGUCAAACAGGAAUCCUGAUGGAGUUGUGUGCAAAUGUCCAACAUGAAGUUUUUCCACGAACGUGUGUUUUUUUGUCACGGCGUCAUCAGUGAUGGAAUUACAAACACAAUGACAUCAAGAUCAUUUUAACACUAUAAUAUAUAUAUUUUUUUUAUACUUUUUUAAAAAUCUGCAUAUCCUGUAUACUGUAAGAGUAUCCUCUUAGACAAUAGCAGUUUAAGAUGAUGCAUUGUAGAUUAUGUUUUUUUUAAUUUUUUUAUCACUGUGUUAUUAUGAUGACUAGUCUCGCUAUGAAGUUACAUUGAUGGCAUCCUAAAAUAAAAGUAAUAUCAUCUCAGGUUUAGGGCCAUUUUACAUGCAUCUUGUGAGAUAACUGUUGUGUUUGUUACCGCAAUAAAACUGCAGUGUUUGUUCAAACAAAGUGAAGAGAUUGUACCUUUGGACAGUAACAGCUCAGACACAAGACAAACAAACAUCACGAUUGAUGCAGGCUGAUGGUGCAUGUCAACUGCCAAACAAGAUGUUCUGUGUAAUAAUGUGUCAUGGAGAAAGUGAUUUCUUUUUCUAAAAAAAUGCUAUUUUUUAAAUCAAAAUUAAAAAAAAUCUGCUUUCGUA